AUGGAGGUGCUGCUACAUAGCUAUCUGCUUUUAAGCGCGAAUCCGACGGCUCUGGAUGCCAAUUGUGCGGAAAUCUGUGAUGAAGGAACUAUCGAUCUCGCCCGGGAGAUUUUGAAUGGCCAAUCGUACAGUGUUGUGGAGAAAUUAGCUGCAUCGUUUCCUAAAUCCCCUGUUUUAGCAGCAAGUAUUGACGAAGAGAGCCUGCUUGUAUCCCUACGUCAGUUUUUGGAUGAUUGCUUUACCAAUAAUGAGAGUUACGCACUGCUGUUUGCAAUCGCCUCGUUGCAAACCUUCAUUCAGAACAAUUACACAGGGCCAUUGGCACCUGGCAAUGUGCAAGACUUGCUGUUUAAGCAAAACGACGUACCUGAGUCUGUGAGGACAUUGGCUGUGUCUCUGCUGGGAUCAGGCGGCCAACCAGCUUAUGAUCUGGUCAAAGACCCGCUUUACCUUAUUUUGGCGCUUCUGCUACUUGAGAGACUCACUAAGCAGCAGACUAGCUUUGCAGAUGACUUCGAUGCUGAGCGAGACACAUGCGAUAUCUCAGCGACACACACGCCAGGCCUCCGAGCGGUUGCACAUUGGUGGUACGCCAGAGCUUUGCUGGCUCGCUUGUCGUUGUUGCGCGAGCCAGCUGGUAACGGUCCUGCCAUUGCGUCAUCGAUAUUCAGUUCAAUUGAUUUGGCACACGCCAUAACGAAGGAUCUUCCGCCGGAGACCUCGACAAGCUUGAAGAGCGACAUCUAUACGAUGUUUUAUCUAGAGAACGUUAAAUGCUCGUUAGCCAUCAAUACGGAACACUUGUGUCUGCCAUCUUUGACAAAAGUAAAGAAACUGACCAAUUUUCAGUUCGUUCUCACUGGUGCUCGUGCCAAGAGGACCAAGUUUCAACAAAAGUCGUUCUCUGGCCUCAUUAUCCUCGCUAAAUCUUCCUCCACUGCUGCAGUGCAGGAAAGCAGUGAUCGGAAUCCUGAUCACAUAGUCUUGGAGUCGGAUAUCUUGCUGGAGAAACCACAUUUCGAAGACAUUGCUUCUGAACCUCUAGACGAGCAGAUUGUCAAGAAGCAAAAACUCGCUGAAGGCGAUGCCUUGGAGGAGGACAAGCUGCUUCCUGUAGCCAUCCGACAAGAGAAUAUUCCGGCUGAAUUGCGCAGCCUUGAUCCGAAUGAGCAGCCGCAAUUGACAGGAUACGACAAUGUACAGCUGCUUCUGAGAUUGUACGUUCUAAGACAAACAAGCCCAGCAAAGGACCCUUUAGUUGAAGAAGAGUUAGGCGCCAUCAUCUCUAGGGUGAUCUAUCAAAACGGAAUGAAGGACUGGACCAUCUUUUCACGGGCUUUGUGGGAAAGAUCAAUCGUGGAGACAUGUAAAGCAAAGACUAUUGAACGUGGGUUGCUACAAAUGCAGUCUUUGGUAGAGGAGCUGGGCAUCAAGAUUCAGACCAGAUUGAUACCAAGUUCGUACGACGCCCAAAACAACGAGAGGCUAAAAUAUGUCCAUCAAUUGCCGUUCAUUCCUCACUGGGAACUUGAAGCAACAUUGGCUGAAAAGUAUAUGUCACUCGGGGUUCUUAAAUCUGCCGUUGAAAUUUAUGAGAGACUUCAAAUGGCAUGCGAAGCGGCCCUAUGCUAUGCCGCUGUUGGGGAUGAGAAGACGGCUGAGGAGAUUCUGCUCAAGAGGGUUGCGGAGCAGCCUAAAGAUGCCAGAGCAUACUCUAUCCUAGGUGAUAUCCGGCAAGAUCCCGAGCUGUGGCAGAAAAGUUGGGAAAUUGGGAAAUACGUCAACGCCAAAAAUUCCCUUGGUAAGUAUUAUUACAAUCCGCCUGCGUCAUCCGGUCUAUCGCGAAACUAUAAUCUGGUACUAAAGCACUUAAAUGAUUCGUUGAGGCAGUAUCCUUUGAAUUUUGAAACAUGGUAUUUUUACGGCUGUGCCGGCCUGGAAUGCGGUAAAUUCGACGUAGCCGCUGAGGCUUUCUCGAGAUGUGUAUCCCUGGACCAAACGCAUGCCAUGGCAUGGUCUAACCUAAGUGCUGCGUAUGUUGAGCUGGAUAAGUUGAAAGAAGCUCUGAGCUGUUUAAAAAGAGCGGUGGCUUCUGAUUCUCAAAAAAACUGGAGAAUAUGGGAAAAUUAUAUGAUUGUAGGGGCUAAGCUUAAUGAAUGGAACGACGUACUGUUAGCCUGUAGACGCCUCAUAAGCAUUAAAAGAGACAAGGUUGGUGAAGCUUCAAUCGAUCUUCCAAUUGUUGAAAAGCUCACCGAGCUUUUAGUCAGCACCGACUACUCUACGGAUGAUUCUCACAAACUAACUCAUUUCCAGAGGUCUUGUAUCGAAUUAGUCUGCGACACGCUUCCGUCGGUCAUAACCACCAACGCAAGAUGCUGGAGGCUGGUGGCGAAGGUAGAGCUUUGGAGAAAGAGACCAUGGGCGGCUCUAGAGUGCCACGAAAAAGCAUACCGAGCAGUAUCGCAUAAUCCUGACAUCGAAAUAGAUGAGAAGGCAUGGAGCGAGACCGUUGAUGCGUGUGAGGAUUUGGUAGCCGCUUAUGAGUCAUUGGGUGAGUUAGAAGGCCGCCAUGGUCCUGGCUCGCUUGUUUGCAAAGACUGGAAAUACAAGUCUCGGGCAACAAUCAAAGGCUUGCUAAGCAAAGGCAAGGGCAGAUGGGACGACUCCGAUGGCUGGGAAAGGCUGAUGGAAAUGAGAAAACAAAUUUAG